UGCCGCUGUCCGUAAACUCCCACCUUUACUCUAGAGGAAAUCGUGAGAAGUAAAAAAUCGAUGGUACGGAGGUAGUUUACCAGAUAUGAAUCAAAACUAUGGGCAAAGCUUUGUCAUUGCUGCUAUUUUUGCUGUCUACCUCAGUGGGACUGGAAGACUUUUUCUUUUUGACACCAAAACAGACGAAUGUUAUUGUUGGAAGAGCCGUUUUUCUCGAAUGUGGAACUCACAACGAUGGCUACACGCUUACUUUUGUAUAUGCCGCACCGCCAGGGUAUUCUGUGAGCAGCCAAACAUUAAAUGAAGAUAUAGCAGGUGGAGGAAGAAAGAUAAAUACCACCUUUAUUGUGACGAAGGAGUUAAACACAACGACAGUUAGAUGUUUGGCAAUUGGCUCGACUUACGAGGAGACUAACCCUGCAGUAAUAUACGCAUAUGAGUUACCAGACGGCACUAGAAAUAAUAGAGUCUGUCAGCUUGCUAACUACACAUUUGUAACUUGGGAUCCAAUAUUUGCACCCCCAGGCAUAGGAUUAACUUUUAGGAUCACAGACAACAUGGGAUUGAAUAGUGUAACAAGUGAUCUUCAUCAUUCUUUCUCCUACACAAAGGAAAAUUAUUUUGACUAUAAAGCAAGUGUCACUGUCAUUGUAAACGCAACAGCUGCAAAUCAAAUAGGUUACAGCAAUUCCACUAAUAUCUCAAAAACAUUAAAUGGUACAAUACCACUAACUGUGGAAUACAGAUGUGAUGAUAAUGGAGGAAACUGGACAUUUGUUUUUCACACAAAACUGGAUCAUCUCAACAUAAAUGAAUGCUCCAUUAAUAAUGAAACCCUGAAGGAUGCAAUGAUAGUAAGUUGCAACGAGGAACAGUGUGUAAACAAUUCAGGAAAAGUCAGCAUCACAAAAAAUGAAAUUAAUUCUACGAAUAGUUUGCCAGCUAAAAGGAAAUACAAUCACACCUUGUGUUUCAAUUAUCUUGGAAGACUAAUCAUAAGUCAACUGUUAGAGACAAGUACACAUGAUAUUCAAGACAUAGAAUACCUCUCACAAAAUGAUACUACAUCAUUGUGUCUUAGGUUUCACUUGAUUGAUCAUUGUGAGAUUCAAAGCAUCCACUUGCAUGUUGAGAGAGGAUCAGAAUUAUUACCAUUUAAUGUGAUGGUACCUAAUAAAAUCUUUGAAUGGUGUGCUAGUACAAUCCCAGCCACUUCAUCAAAUAAUAAUGGUAACUGGUCAUUGUUUGCUUGUGAUGGACCAGGGCAUAUUUGUACUAAUCCAGCAGUUGUACUUGAAAAUAUUAUGUUAAACAUCAACAUAGCCACAACACAUAAUACUAUUGCCACUACAUACACCACACAUACUAUUACUAGAUCGUUGUCUCAUGCUACUUCUAUUGUAUCCUUUUCAAGUCCUUCACCCAGUUCUACGCUUUCUUCUACUAUAAACUUGACAGUACCAGUGAUAGUUCCAGUCAUAGUUGCUGGCUUCAUUGUUCUUGUUAUCACAAUGCUUGCAGUUAUUGUUGUGGUGUGUGCUAAAUCCUCGAAAAAAGAAAGAUCCAAACAAACAACAAAAGAUCCAAACAAACAACAAAAGAUCCAAACAACUGUGCAUAUUUAAAAAGUAAUACUUUCUUAUCCACUUUGUAUUUCAUUAUUAUUUUAGUUUACUAUGUUCAUAACACUGUCUAUGUUUAUUCUAUGUUUAUCAUAAAAGAAAAGGGAGAAAGUUACCAAAAAAUAUUGUGGCUUCACUUA